UGUCCACUUGUCAGUAAAAUGAACUCUGUUCUCUUCGCUAUACAGCUUAUUGUGGUCUCUGCGGUGUCAGCGGCACCCGCUGAACCUUCGCAGAAAGACCAGAACACCUUGGUACUUCUCCAUGUGUUGUUCAGACACGGCAACCGAACUCCUGAUAAACUUAGCUUGUUUCCUAACGAUUUGUAUUUGAACGAAACCUACACACCCAUUGGGUAUAGUCAACUCACCACAAAAGGAAAACAAACUGAAUAUGAAAUCGGGAAAUUUAUACGUAAAACGUACGACAAGUUCAUUCCGGAUCAGUAUACUCAAAAUCUUGUAUACGCGGUAUCUACCAAUUUUAAAAGAACUAAGAUGUCUUUGGAACUAGUUCUUGCAUCGCUUUUCCCUCCACUACCUGAAGAUCAGUUUGACAAAGAUUUAGACUGGCAACCAAUACCGUUCAACAUUGAACCUGGAAAGGGGGUGAUAACCAUUGCUUCUGGUAGUUGUCCAUUGUACAUCAAUGCUUACUGGAGCUACGUUAUGUCGCAAGAAGCUCAAGAUAUUAUAGCUGGUUACCAGCAGCUGUAUGACACAGUAGGCAAAGAUGCGGGUUUUGACAUCAUCACACCCAAGGAUAUAUCCAACGUCUAUUUCACCCUGAAGAGUGAAGAAGACUAUGGGUUAAAAUUGCCAGAUUGGUCAGCCGACGUUUACCCAAAAGUUCUAGAAGAAGCGUCGUCUGUGGAUUAUGAAUUUUCAACCGCUACUUCUAGACUGAAGAAACUAUCAGCUGGAUUCUUACUAAGAAAAAUCAUCCAAGACAGUUUAGCUAAGAAGGCCGGUACUCUACCAGACGAGCGCAAGUUGUUUUUGUACUCAGCUCACGAAUACAAUGUUGCCACAACGCUGCGAACUCUAAAUGUCUUUUGGAGACAUGUGCCACCAUUUGGAGCAACUAUAUUUUUUGAAAUACACGAUAUUGAAGGAGAGUACGGUUUGAAGUUGUACUAUCAAGAUUACACAGAACCAAAACCGAAGCUGUUGACCAUUCCUGGGUGUACCGCGAUUUGUCCCCUUGAUAAACUCUAUGAGUUGGUGGGUGAUGGCAUCCCGGACGAUUCAGACGUUUGCAGUAUUACUGACGAAAUGAUGUAAUGAGUUUUGUACUCGAAUAAAUUACAAUUAUAAACAA